CCUGAUCUUCCGUGUGCGUAUCCAUAGCACGUGACUACUUGUUGUAUGACAAUAUGGCGGCGCCCUGUUUCGCUGGCUUUGCGUCGAAACCAGGGCUGGGAGGUUCCCUCCGGAGAGCCUGUGCUCUGUGGAUGCACGGUCCUUCUGUCCUACGUCAACAACACAGGAGGUUCUUCUGGCGGAAGUGGAAUAAUUCGGAUUUUACUCAUAAUGUUGUUCGGCCGGCUACCGUAAGGCCUGCUUACUCCGUUCCCAAGCACAUCGUGCGACCUAACUAUAUUGGCAAAGCAGUGGUCCCAGAAUGGCCAGACUAUAUAGAGCUCAAGGACCAGGAGCAGAUCGCGGGGCUCACCAAAGCCUGCCAGCUGGCAAGACAGGUGUUGCUACUGGCUGGACGUUGUCUCAAGGUUGGCAUGACGACAGAUGAGAUAGACUUCAUAGUCCACCAAGAGACGAUUAAACACAAUGCGUAUCCCUCCCCUCUCCGAUACGGGGGGUUCCCCAAAUCAGUCUGUACUUCUGUCAACAACGUCAUCUGUCACGGUAUACCGGACAGCCGUCAGCUCCAAGAUGGAGAUAUCAUUAAUGUUGAUGUGACUGUUUACUUUGAGGGUUACCAUGGCGACACCUCAGAAACCUUCUUGAUUGGCCAGGUGGAUGAGCCCGGGCAGCGGCUGGUUGAGAUAGCGAAGCGCUGUCGAGACGAAGCCAUCGCUGCUUGCAGACCUGGCGCGCCGCUCAGUGUCAUAGGGAACACUAUUAGUGAGAUAGCCCUCACAAGUGGCUUUGAAGUGUGUCCCUAUUUCAUUGGCCAUGGAAUAGGCUCCUACUUUCAUGGUCAUCCUGAAAUCUGGCAUCAUGCAAAUGACAAUGACAUGACCAUGGAUGAAGGCAUGGCCUUCACAAUAGAACCCAUAAUAACGGAGGGAUCUUCAGAGUUCAGAAUCCUGCGAGAUAAAUGGACAGCAGUUUCUGCAGAUGACAAAAGGUCGGCUCAGUUUGAACACACAGUGGUCAUCACCUCUGAUGGGGUAGAUAUCCUUACCAAGCUUCCAGAAGAGAGCAGUCUGUGACCUGGUGGAAUCCAUGGUUCCUGGCCUGGAUACUAAUAUUUAGUGUGUAUGUGUGCAUUGUGUAAAUUUCAACUUGUAUGUAUAAAGACACAGAUAAAGUAUCAUUUUAUUGUAACUUUCAUGCCAUAAGUCUCAAUGUUUUUACUUUAAAAGUGUUUUAACAAUUUAUCAUUUAUUAGACAAAGGACAUAAAGUGUAUGGUGGUUGUACCUCAAACCAUAAUAACUGUAGUUUAGUUGCCUUCAUGCUUGUGGGCUUUGGAUAACUUCAUGUGUUUGUUUUUAAAUGGUGGAUUAUUGGCCACAUUGACAGGUCGGGCCUAUCAGCAGUCGUUGAUUAUCUGUCGGCUGGACUGUCUUGCACUGCUGACCUGCACUACUGUAAGGCAGGCAUUUUGCUGACUGUAUCCCUGAGCAACGUAUCUGAGUCUACACCCCAAAAUACCGGGCAGAAAUGGCACUAACUACACAUUAUGUCAUUCAGUAUUAUGCAUUGUUGGCACACUGAGUAACAGAAAUGUCCCUAAAACCAGAAAAAUUAGCAUAGUCAAGCCCUGACUUCUCAUUUGAUAACCAAUGUCGAAAACAUUCAAGAGGCUUUUCCAUCCCUUUCCUUUUGGGAACACUAGCUUCACAUAUUUAAAAUGUAAUCACGUUGAAUUGCUCCUAGUGGCCCAGUUGCAAGUUCACCAAUCAGCCAAUAGAUGGCAGCAUGACUAUAUUUCAGCAUGGACAUAACGAAUAGGGUUUCUUCUGAACAGAAUUGGCAAGUAGCACUAAGGUAACUACUAUGAAGGUUAAUCAUUUUGCAGAGUAAAACUAAUCAACUCCCUUUGUAUAAAGUUGUUUUAUGACGUUGCCCAUUUAAAUGGUAAAAUGUUUAUUUUGUGCUUUAAUUAACAUUCAUAAAAUGGAAAACUUACAUUAAUUACAUAAAAACAUAAUCCAAGGUUAAGGGCUAUAGGCUGGCAUAAAUAAUUUAAAACACUGCACUCUUACCACACGCAGGAUUGGUUGGCUGAUACCCUUCAGCCAUGGCCUUGAGGCAGCAUUCCUUGGGCAUUUUUCAUUUUUUCUAAUCUUUCUUGUCUGCAGUUGGAAUUGAUAAAGAAUAAGUUCCACUGUUUCCAGGUCCCUUCUCCUUAUUCUUAUGCUAACCCUUAUUUCCCUUCAUGUACUUCAGAUUUACAUGCCAACACCUGUUCCCAUGUAAAUCGAAAUUUCUUUACUAUGUAUGAGGACAUCAAGUUCUGGGAAUAUAUCUGCAAAGCUUUCAAUUUGGUGAGCUGUGUGUUUGUGUGCGUGCAUGCGUAUGUACUGUAGAGCAUAUCACAAUGCCAGUUAAAGUUGUGCAGGAAGGAUUAGAUAAAUAAAGGUGGGUCAGCUUAUCUCAUAUGACUAGCUUCAGCUAAGGAAAUGAUUCACACUCUGACUGGAGUAGGUCUACAGUAAAUCAUCCAGUAAUCCAGCAUAAAGC